GCCAACAUCACGUUUGCUCCAAUCUGAUUUAACCUCAAAACUUGCUAUCCUGCAGGUUAAAGAGAGGAAGAAAUACCAAUUUCUUUCUUUUUUUUAAACUUACAUAAUGAAUCGUUUAAGAAUUUCGCCUAGAUUAUGUCAGGAUAUAAUAGUACGGUUGCAAUCGACGACUUCAACUUCGACUUCGUUAUCUUCGGAUAUUCAUAUUCCAAACAAGAUAGAACGUGGUCCAACAGAUAUUUUAAAAGCUCUUGAAAGUACUAUAUCUAGGGAUUACACGGCACCGCAUUACAAAUUUCACGAUGACCCUUACUUGACGCCACUAUCAAGAGUGCAGAAUCGUACUUUUGCCCUGGCAAAGGAAUCUGGAAAAAAGGCUGCAAUGUGGAUUCGUGAGGAGCACCGUGCUUUAUUUCAGCAUAAAGUAGCAGAUCCUGAAAUUGAGGCAUUUGUGCCACCACCCAUAUACACAGAAGAAAGUAAAGUGACGGAGGAAACAUUACUAAACGAGAUAUCAAACGCUCAUGUUUCCAACUCCAUUAUGAUAUACGAUUUACUGAAAGGAGAAGUGUCCGUAUCGACAAAACUGGCUCUCCUGGAAUUAUUGUGCUUCUACAAUAAUAGCGAACCUAUUAAUACCGAGCUAUUAGAAACUCGUUGGUUUCAGCACAGUGAAAAACGUGUGAAAAGGAAUACAUGGAUAAGCCGUCCGCAAAUCGAUACAUUAUUUGAGUUUUUGAAAACUCAAGAACCUGUCGUAAAAGCCGCUGCGUAUAAUGCGUUAAUAUGCGGUUUGGCCAAAUAUUUUCAUAUGGAGAACGCUUGGUACUUGUACAUGGAAAGUCAAAAGGACAAUAUAAUAUUAUCCGUCGAGGGAUACAAUGCUAUAAUUUCAAUAGUCCCUCUGCUCGCGGAGGGAAAUACUAAACCAAUGAUCAUGGUAACAGAGGUGUAUAGAACCAUGGCUAAGAGUGGGAUUGUUCCGAAUAUCCAUACAUUUAAUGCUGCUCUUAGCGUCGUGGCUAGUCUCAAGGACAAACGGAUAGCUCUCGAAUUCACGCGCACCAUAUUUGCCGACAUCACUAAAUGCGAUCUAAAGCCAUCUUUAACUACGUACUUUUACACGCUACAAAUUUUGCGCGCAUUGGAUGAUGCUGCGUACGGGAGCUUCAUGAAAAUUCUAAGGUCCUUGAAAGAGGAGAAUCUUAUUAUACAAGAUGCGAGAGACUUGAAUUUCUUUGUUUGUGCGAUGGAAAUGGCGAGCAAGCAGUUCUGCAAUCGUAACGCGGGCGAAAUGAUAAACGAGCUGCUUCUCACCGGUGAUAAUUAUAAAUUCAUUGGCGAUGCUUACAGGGAAAACCUCUACUAUCGCAACUAUUUAGAAUUGAUUUUGGCUAUGGAGGACUUGGAAACGUUCUUUAAACUUUACAACAAGCUCGUACCGCACGUGACUAUUCCGGAACCCACCGUGAUGAAAGCUAUAUUGAAAGCUCUUCAAUUACAUCCUGCAGACACUGCCACGCAAUAUAUACCAAAACUCUGGUCACACAUGGUCAUGUUCAGUCAGCUGGACAGGGAAGAAUUAUUAGAGGAUAUAUUACACUUGAUGAGCGUACAUUGUAAACCUGCAUCCGAUUCCCCCCUGAACGCGCAAUAUGCCGAUAACGCGCUCACCGUCUGGAAUCAUGUGCAGACUCGAAAUGCUGAAAGAAUACAACACACGACAAUGUCGAGCAAAGUAGUAGGCAAUAUCGUAUUAUUGCUUUUGCGCGCAGAUAACUUUGACAAGACGAUAGAAAUUAUAUCGUCAUUAAUUAAAUCGCCACAUUUGAUAAUCGGUACCCUUACAACAGAGUGCAUAAAUGAGAUAUUCGAGCUGUGUUUAACACAGACGCAUGUACCAGCGAUUUUUGCUCUCCUGGACUACGUCAUCUCUUCAAAUCUAGAAGGAGCCGGAGAAAUGGCUAGGAAAUUACACCAAACCGUGCCACUUACUUCCAAUCAGCAGAAUAUAUUAACGACUUUAGUGGGUAACGAUGUUCUUCAGUUACAAGUCUCUGAUAAGAAUUAGUUCUGCAAAUGAAGCAUAAACUAUAUUAUUUGAUCUUCGAUUGUAAUUUUGUAUAGAAAUUGUAAUAAUAGAACGAUAUGAAUGAUUCAAUUAGAGAACAUUAAAAAAAGAUACAGAUUUGAAUAACAUAA